CACACACACACACACACACACGAAUGCGCACAUGCAUGGAAUCUAUGUGCACCUGGUUUUUGAAUAUGAAUACUCUACAGGUCUUCAACACAGAAUCUGUUAUGAAAAGACUGCAGAAUCAAAGGAAAAAUUGAAACAUAUUGGUGAAGAUUCGCUCAGAAAUUUUACUUUGGAUACAGCAGCUAGUGGAAGCAUAUUUGAAUUUGAAGGAAAAGAUUUUCGCAAGGCAAAAGCUGUUCGGCAUUGGAUUGAGCCUCCUAAACGAGAGAGAAAAGCCAACUAUGCUGUUGAUGCUUAUUUUCGAGAAGCUCUUCGUGUUAGUGAACCUAAGGCACCUAAGGCUCCUCGUCCACCCAAGCAGCCCAAUAUCCAAGACUUUCAGUUCUUUCCACCAAGACUUUUUGAGAUCUUAGACAAGGAGAUUUAUGCUUUUCGCAAAGCUCUUGGUUACAAAAUACCACUCAAUGUGGACUUGUCCAAUGCAGAAGAAGUCCAACAAAUGGAGCAGCAUAAAAUCGACACAUCGGAACCUUUGACUUAUGAUGAGGUGCAAGAAAAAGAGCAGCUUUUGCAAGAGGGAUUUACAGAUUGGAGUAAGAGAGAUUUCAACCAGUUUGUGAAAGCAUGUGAACGUUGGGGAAGAGACGACAUUGAGCGGAUCUCUCAAGAUGUGGAAGGCAAACUUCCAGAGCAGGUGAGGCAAUAUUACGAGGUUUUCUGGGAAAGAUUUAAUGAGCUGCAGGACAAGGAAAAGGUUAUGGCACAGAUAGAUAAAGGCGAAGCCAAAAUACAGAGGAAGCUGGGAAUCAAGAAAGCACUAGAUGCAAAGGUAUUAUACUUGAUCUAAUCCAUGGUUAUAUAA